AUGCCGCCUCACAGCAACGAUGCGCUUGCAGAGAAGAACAUCGACCGUCUCUUCCGCGCGGCUCUGGAUGUCGUGCAGGAUAACUUUCACGCUGCGGACCACCUGCCCAAAGCUUUGUAUGACUUCCUCCUGCCGAUUGCCACUUCUACGUGCCAAGGGCUGUACGCCACCGCAAUGCUCUUUCUCGGGUCCAUGCCUGCCUUGAGCAACGGGGCCAGCGUCAAGUUGUGGCAGAAACCAUCCCCUUUGGCUUUGAUGGUUCUUCACAUGGCUCCCGCGCAAAGGGGGAAGUCCCGUCUCUUCCAGGCUGUCGAACUGAUGUUUGAGACUGCGGACGACUUCGUUGAGGUCAUGGCCAAGGAAGAAGCAGCCAAGGUCGCUCAGCGAGUGAGAGCAGAAGGCGUGGGCGAGCAACCUUUGCCAGAUGUGUCUGUGCAAACCAAGAGCAUGUGUCUUCAAAGCUUCACCAUGACAGAGCUCUUCUACAGGUGCAGCGCCGACUUUCCCCAGGUCGAGAUUCACGGUGGAUGCAACAAGAAGGAGAAGGCGGCUCUACGUCUUUGGUUUGGCCAGGCUUUCAACUUGGACGAGGCCUAUGAGUUCUUGGAGAGCUUGUCAUUGUUGGGUUCCAGAGGUGACAAGGCCAAGGCACGAGAGCUUUUGUUCGCUGACAUGCUCGCCGCAGAGGACCUCCUUGCGGCCGGAUGUGGACGGUGGCUGCCGCUCACCGCCGCUCCAAGCUUGCUAAUCUUCGGCUUCUUGGCGAAGGCUGGCGCACGAGGCUCUGUUCAAGCCCAUGUCAUCGCCGAGCCUGACAGCUUUGUGACCUGGCACCUAUGGCGCUACCGCCUCUACUUGCAGAGAGCGAGUUUUCAAGCAGAGGCCACCUUGCUGCGACUGCUGCAAGCUCAUGCCGGGGCGAACGAGGACUUCCACAAGCAGGCUUUGAAUGGUCCUUUGGAGGCGCUCAUAGCUGGAGCUUGGAAAUGGUAUGAGCCUCUUAUGUUCUCAAGGCGACUUGCUCAGCUGGAUUCUUCUGGAGAUCGGGCAGACAUCUUGGCCAUCGAUGGCAACGCCAAGUUGCACAGGACACUCUCUGCAAGCAACGUGCAGCUGCGCGGGACAAGCAACUUCCCCCGCUUGACCCAUCCUCGCAAGUUUCUCAUCAUCGCCUUCGGAAAGCUCUGCACCAGGAUAGAGCGGCGGACGUCGGUCAUGGCGGGCAAGCUGGCUGACCUGAAUUUCAUCAUCGACGACUUCCACAGCGGGGGCCACUGUGGGGAGUGGUGCAAGACAACUUGCCUGCCCAGCUUGCAGCAGAACAAGGCGCUAGGCGACAAGCGCCGUGUGGCCGACAAGAAGCGCAAGAGGCACCAGUGCCUGCCAUGCCGCCUCACAGCAACGAUGCGCUUGCAGGAGAUGAAACAUCGACCUGCCUCUUCCGGCGGCUUGCUGGGCGACUCAGCUGUCGAACUGAUGUUUGAGACUGCGGACGACUUCGUUGAGGUCAUGGCCAAGGAAGAAGCAGCCAAGGUCGCUCAGCGAGUGAGAGCAGAAGGCGUGGGCGAGCAACCUUUGCCAGAUGUGUCUGUGCAAACCAAGAGCAUGUGUCUUCACAGCUUCACCAUGACAGAGCUCUUCUACAGGUGCAGCGCCGACUUUCCCCAGGUCGAGAUUCACGGUGGAUGCAACAAGAAGGAGAAGGCGGCUCUACGUCUUUGGUUUGGCCAGGCUUUCAACUUGGACGAGGCCUAUGAGUUCUUGGAGAGCUUGUCAUUGUUGGGUUCCAGAGGUGACAAGGCCAAGGACUCAUCCGUGAACGCCCAUGCCAGCACCCUCAACACGCUGCUUGCUCGGGGCAAAACCAAGAGAGCCACGAGAACGUCUACUUCAUACGAGGCCUCCAGGACACAGCACGUAAGCCUCUCCUUCCUUGGAAACGGGCACCCUGGCAAGCUCAUACCGAUGGAGCGGAACUUGGAAGGCCAACACACAGCAGCCACGAAAGAGCGCUUCCUUCUCUGUGUGGAUGUGAGCGUCCCCAGGCACGAGAGCUUGUCCCCUGACAUGCUCGCCGCAGAUGACUCCUUGCCGGCGUGGACGUGGCUGCCGCUCACGCCGCUCCAAGCUGCUAUCUUCGGCUGGACCGGCAUUCUCAACAACCCAGGACAUUUCGAGGGCCAGGAGCCAGAGAAUGAUGAAGAAGGCGAUGAAGGCUUCCCUGCAGUUUUGCCCGAUGGUGUUCGCUCUCGCAUCCGGUACGUGUACGACUCUGCUCCCGCUCCUGCAGGUCUGCGCAAGGCUGUUCGCACAGAGUGGCGAAUCAGUGGACGAUGGCAAGUUCGUGACCAGACAGAACACGUACAAGCCGGCGCCCGACGGGUCUGCGAGUAUUUUGCCACGCGGCCGCACAAGACGCUGGAGCUGACAGAUGGUGCGCAGAAGCUGUUGCUCGGCAACCAAGUGGCGCAAGCCAUCCGGGCUACCAACAAGGAUGGCCAAGCUUCCAUGGAGGCCUUGCACGCCAACGCGGCUCACCAGCAAGGUAUGAUGAGCGCAGCGGUGGCAAUUCUGGAAUUGGCUGCUGGAGGAGGUUCUUUUGACGAGAGUGGCCAGUUGCAAGUUACUGAGGACCACGUGCAGGUGGCGUCCAGGCUGGUCGAGCUUAGCUUGCAGAUCCGGGAGGUGCUGCGCGGUCCAGUGGACGCAGCGACGGCAGAGAGUUCCGAGUCCGACGGUGAGCUGUUCAAGCCUGUUGAAGUCCCAGCUCCGCAGCGGCGCUUCGCGCCACCAGCAGCCACUCAGUUGCCAACAGUCGCGCAGCCCCGUGCAGAAGAGCCGCUCCAACAUGACGAGCACGUCCCUGUUCCUCUUCCAGAGUCCUGGUCCCUACAGGUUGCAGACCAGCCUGAAGAGGCCGAGGCUCCACAGCCUUUACGCCCCUCAGAUCUGCAGCCUGCUGAAGCCUUCUUCGCCACAGGUUUCGGGGAGAACGGCGCCAUGAUUUUGCCAGGUAAGAUGCAAGAUCGAGCCUUCAUGAGCAAGUUGCUUCUGGCGGGGCGCAGUGAGGUCACGCUCUCAAAGGCCGUGGACGUCUACCAUCUCCUGGAAAUGCAGGGCAGCAAGCGCCGGAAAAUACGCCUCAAGCAAAGCUUCUACAG